AUGACAUCCAAUUCAAUUAAUAAUCUAAACCACCAUAAUCAUAACCAAAAACAAAAGAAUAAGAAUUUCAAUAAUAUAGAAAUCAUAUCAUAUAAUCAACCACACAAGAGAUCUUUGGAUGAUAUGAUAUCUACCGACGAAGAUACCAGAGUUCCAUUCACAACCAAUAAUAAUAAUAACAAUAAUAAUAAUAACAAUUCGAAUAAUCAACAUGGAUACUCUCAACAAAUUAGAUCGACAUCGUCUUCAAGGUCAAAUUCCCCACUUUUGAUCGAUGACAUUCAAUCCCCAGCCAUUUCCUCUCCACCAAUCGCCUCUUCUCCAUCUUCUAUGACAUCUUCAUCUUCAUCUUCUUCAUUGUCGGCCGUUUUUGGAAACAAGUUUACAUUUUCUACUUCCUCUCAACAACAACAACAACCUACCACCUCUUCUUCUUCGUCAUCUACCAAUAGUUUAUCAACCAUCCAAAAAUUGGAUACUAUUAUUUGCAAUCUCCGAGAAAUGUGCAAGAAAAUUGACAAGUGCUCACCAUCUGCUCGUUCACACGUGUGGAGAGAGUUUGCUGAUUUGAGUGUUCGUGAUUCCUUUGGUAUUGAUAUUUCCGAUUUGUCCUUGCCAGAGAUCCCACUUUUCGAUAGCAGAUCGUCUGCCAAGAUCACACCCUUUCUCAACACGUUAAUCAAUGAACAAACACCACACUUUCAAGCCCUCCAAAUGUUAAACUUGGCCUUUGUCAGUGCCCAACAAAAGAACUUUAACCUCUUUAAGGAGUUUUCGCCACAGACUCAAGACGACGAGAGUACAGUCCCAUCCAAUCCAUAUCUCAUCCCACAAUUGACCACAUCCAAUCUCUGGGGUAUCUCGUUCCAAUCCGUAGUACAACAAUUGGCCCUUUUAGACUAUUGGAGUCCCCAACUCGACGCUCUCUCCUCUUCGUCUCGCAAACAACUCUGGGACGUUUGCAAUAGUCUACCACUCUUUAAAUCUACAUUUGGUAGUCAAAAGCAAGAAAAGUUCUCCAAAGUAGUUGGAUUAUGGAUUGAAAAUCCAAUUCAAAAUAUGUCCUUUAUCACUACUCUCUUUGGUGCUAUUGGUUAUCUUGUUGAAUUUAAAGUUAUUAGUAAUACUUUUUGUUAUCCAACUAGUAUUACUAAAGUAUUUACUUCAAAUGGAAAUUCGGCCAAGAUUGAAGAUUUCUCGAGUACUUCAACCACACCAAUUUCAAGUGGGGGUAGAAAGAAAUAUAAAAAGUAUCAUAGUUCGGCUACUGCCUCUGCCCUUGCCGCCCUCCAUGGUGUUGAUGGUGAGAUCCCAUCAAUGUCACCCAUUUCAAAUUCUUCACCUCAAAUAUCAUUCGACGAUCAAAGUGAUUCUGAAGAUGAAUCAUCGAAUUCUUCAAACUCCACUUUAAUCAUUACCAACAACAACAUCAACAACAACAACAACAAUACUAAUAAUAAUAAUAGCAAUAACCACCAAAUUAAUGGUGUUCAACAAAUCAAUGUAAAAAGCUCUCCAUUCUCUACUACAACACACAGAACCCGAUCAAUCUCUCAUAAUAGCAUUUUAAAUACCACCGAUUGUACAAACAAUAUCCGUAACAUCACCACCACCGCCACUCCAGUCACCACUACAACCACCACUACAACUACCAGAACCUCAAGUGUCGAAAGCCUUUGUGCCGUUUCUUCAUUGGAUGCCUUGGCAAUGACUGCCACUCAAUUUGAAGAGUUGGAAGACCAACAAGACUCUUCCUCUCCAACCAUCAUUAGCGAGAACCAUCCAUCCCAUCCAAAUAGUUUUCAAAGUCUAAGUGAUCCACCAGAAGUGCCAUCAUCGAUGGUAGCCGAUCUCUCAGAUGAUAACACCCGUGUCAAGAAAAGAAGAUUUUCUUGCUCUGAUGUUAAAACUGGUGUUAUGAAUAUUAAUAAUAUUAUUUGUUCCUAA